GGAGUUCGUAACCGACAAGAGCGGGGGUGUGUGUCUUAACUACGUGCAGGAGAGAGGGUUUAUGAUAGGCAAUUUCUUUUUCUAAUUUAUCUGAUUCUGGAGAUAGAAUUCUAGUUAUCGAGGGGAGUGUUUUUUAUUGAUUGAUUUUUCUGUUUGUUUGAUGGGAAUUGGUUUCCGAGAAAUAAUAAUAGCAAGCCGAAGCCAUGGGAAAGUUGUCUUUCAAGGAUUCUCUCAAAGCUCUCGAAGCUGAUAUCCAGCACGCCAAUACUCUUGCUUUAGAUCAUCCAAGGGAGAACGACGGAGCUCGCCUUCAGAUGCGAUUAUCCUAUAGCCCAGCAGCCCAAUUUUUUCUCUUUCUUGUGCAGUGGACUGAUUGUAACCUUGCUGGUGCCCUUGGUUUGCUAAGAAUUCUUAUUUAUCUUACCUAUGCAGAUGGGAAAACUACUAUGUCUGUUCAGGAAAGAAAAGCUAGCAUUAGAGAAUUUUAUGCGGUGAUAUUUCCUUCUUUACUGCAACUUCAAGGAGGAAUCACGGAUGUGGAUGACAGGAAACAGAAAGAAGUAUGUACUAUGAGAUAUAGAAGAAAGGAUGAGUUGGAGAAGGGGAAACUCUCAGAAGUCGAUAUAGAAAGAGAAGAAGAGUGUGGGAUUUGCAUGGAAAUGAACAACAAGGUUGUGUUGCCUACUUGCAGUCAUUCUUUGUGUUUGAGGUGCUAUCGGGAUUGGCGUGGGCGGUCUCAAUCAUGCCCCUUUUGUCGCGGUAGUCUUAAAAGGGUCAAUUCUGGCGACCUUUGGAUCUAUGCAGAGAAGUCUGACGUUGUCGAUUUAGCCUUGAUUACGAGACAGAAUUGCAAGAGGCUGUUCAUGUACAUUGAUAAGCUGCCCCUUAUUAUUCCAGAUACUGUAUAUAUGCCCUAUGAUUCUCAUGUGAAGUAGCGGUUUAUGCACUGGCGUGAGCAAGACUGUACAUUUAUUUAACUGUGACUUUUGAAAAUGUAAAUGUCAUUUAGUUACCUACUUCACUGGUUAAAACUGAGUUUUCGAAAAUGUAACUCAGGUUUAACUUGCAUGUUGAUUUUGUUAAUGGUGAAUGAUGUGCUGGAAGUGGCUGCAAUUUGUG